ACGACACAGUAUACGUCGCGUUUGCGUCAUCAUAUCGUGAACAGCGCUCAAACGGGGAGGACGUGGGAUGAGAGUGUGCAGUGCUUAAUUAGAAACAUUGUUUUAUUAUUUUUUCAAAUGUUUCUAAUAUCGGAAUUAUAAAGUACAAAGUUUAGGAUAGGUUCCUCUCGGGGUCGCCGCCAUCAUGGCGUCGGACGAACAAUUUUCACUAUGUUGGAACAAUUUCCACGCGAAUAUGUCAGCAGGCUUUCAUGGCCUGCUGUCGCGUGGAGAUUUAGUAGACGUAACGCUGGCUGCCGAAGGCAGGUUAUUACAGGCACACAAAUUAGUUUUAUCAGUAUGUUCUCCCUAUUUUCAAGAAAUGUUCAAAAUGAACCCAACUCAACAUCCCAUAGUAUUUUUAAAAGAUGUUAGUCAUUCAGCGUUAAGAGACUUAUUACAGUUUAUGUACCAAGGUGAAGUUAAUGUUAAGCAAGAAGAAUUAGCAUCGUUUAUUAGUACCGCGGAACAGCUUCAAGUUAAAGGUCUAACCGGAAAUCAAAAUGAAGAAAGUUCCACGCCAUCCAAACCAAAGCCGACCUCCAGGCCAGGCCCGAGGUCGUCACAACAAAGGCAAUCUGUUAUGACUAAGUUAGAGACUGAUUUAGAUUCUAAGCCCUCCUCCACUCCAGUAGCGGUUAAGCGACCAAAUAGGCCAUCAAUAGCAUCAAAUAAUUCGUCAUCUUCACAAAGUGGACCUGCGAAACGAAAAUGUGUGGACCCAUUAGAAGCCGGACCUUCAGGAUCAGCGAAAGAGGAAUUUGUUACGAUACCUGAUGAGGACGAAAAUAACGCUGUGGCACCCAAAAUGGAACCCGAAUUUGUUAACGAAAGUAUGUGGGAUGAUGACGAUGACGGCGCUAACAAUGAGGAAACGAACUUUGGCGAAGAUGACUCUAAUAUGGAAAUGACAGGCUUUGACGGUUCAACAACAGGCGAUGGCAAUAUAACUGGAGGCGGCGAAGGUGGAGCUGUAGGAGAUGCACAAGUUCCAGUUGCACAAGAUGAGAUCGCAACAGCUGCACAAGGUGAGACAACAAUUGUACGAGAUGAGACUACAACAGUUGCACAAGAUAAGAUACCAACACUUGCAAAAGAAGAAGAUGAAAACAGCCAAUCAUCCACUUCAUCGUCAUCAUCAUCCAGUUCUUCAUCGUCAUCCUCUUCGAGCUCAUCGUCAUCAUCAUCAUCAAGCGACUCAUCGUCCGAUAUCAAAUUGAACGAACUUGCUAAAGCAAAGGCCAAAGAAAAUACUGAAUCGAAUGCUGAAACAGUACCACUAACUGAGGAAGAACGAGCUGCGCAAAUAGAAGGGCAAAAUGCAGCAAGACUCCUAGAAUCUCAAGACUCUCAGGAACCAUCAACUUCUGAUGAGAAACCUAAAAAGGCUAAUCCAAUCUACUGGAAAAGAAAUCUAAGCAAAUAUCUCAGAAACAGGGGAGAAGCUUACGAAAGCAAAAAUAAAAUUGUUGAAGCAAAACGCUUAAAGCCACCCUGCAAUGAUCAGUGUCGGCUCAAAUGCCUAGAAAAGAUCCCGGAACCUGAAAGGUUGAAAAUAUUCAAAGAAUACUGGGGCCUUGGUGAUUUGCACAUGCAGUGGACCUACAUAAAGGAACGAAUCGAUCCGAUACAAGCAGUCUUUGUGAAUAUAACACGGAAGACUAGAAGAGAGCUGAAUCAAGCAUUCCACAUGAUCGUGAAAGGUGAGAAAAUAAGGGUAUGCAAGACGUUCUUUUUGAACACUCUAGAUAUCACUCCAUGGGUGAUUAGAAGCGUUGUUGCCAAGAAAACUCCUACAGGAGAAAUUAAGAAAGACAUGAGAGGAAAACAUACCAACAGAAUCAUUCCACCACAAAUCAAAGACGAUAUUCGCAAACAUAUAAGAUCUCUUCCGCGAGAAACUGACGAGGAAGGUAGAGAACAUAUUGCUAGCUGGAAAUCCAAGGCCGAUAUUUACAUAGACUACAAGCAAACUUGCAUCAAAGAACAGAAACAAUAUGGGAACUACCACACUUAUGUUUAUAUUAUCAAAACGGAAUUUAGUAGCUUGCAUUUCGAUAACGGUGUCCCUAAACGUAAACGAAAUACUAAAGCUACAACGACUAAAGCUACUACAGCUAAAGCUACUACAGCUAAAGCUGCUGCGGCUAAAGCUGCUGCGGCUAAAGCCGCUACGGCUGAAGCUGCUACGGCUGAAGCUGCUACGGCUAAAGCCGCUACGGCGGAAACUGCUAUGGCUAAAGCCGCUACGGCUGAAGCCGCUACGGCUGAGGCCGCUACGGCUGAAGCUGCUACGACUGAAGCUGCUACGACUUAAGCUAUUAUGCCUAAA